AUGGUUUUUCGUUUAUUGGGUCAAGGGGUGAAAUGGUAUCACAAGAAAUUAUCUGCUAACCCCCUUAGAACCCAGCUAAUUACUGGCACUUUACUGACCUCCAGUGGAGAUGUAAUUUGCCAGUUGGCAGUUGAAAAGAAGGAUGUUUUUGGCGAUUACGAUUGGGUUCGAUCUUGUCGGAUGGGUUUGUUCUCCAUGACAGUUUGGGUCCCUGUUGGUUAUUACUGGUUUGGCUACGCUGCUAAGGCUUUUCCUGGUGCUGGGUGGAAUUUGGUGAAAAAGGUCGCGAUCGACCAACUAGUUGUCAUCCCUUGUCUUUUGAUUAACUUCCUUACAUUUAACGAGCUUCUUCAAGGGCAUUCUAUGGACGCGCUAAAAAAGCGCGUAAACGACGAUUAUUUUAACAUCUUGCAAAAAAACUGGUCGAUUUGGACCCAAGUUCAAAUUAUCAACUUCUACCUCAUUCCCUUACUGUACCAAGUUAUUUUUACAGAAGAAGUGGAGCCAGAACUCCCGCCAAGCAUUCAUGAUAAACUUGGUCGAUUACAGAGACAUGCUACAGAUCAUAUAAUUGAAGUUCCUCCUGUAUCAAGAGGUCGGCAGCAAUUCGCAUCAGAGUUCUCAGAAAAAACUGGAAGUGAAAUGAAUCUUACGCCGCUAGCUCUGAAACACGAGAUCGACCAUUGCAGAAAACUUAUCGACGAAAUCGCCUGCGCAUUCAAAGCAGCAAAGACUCCUAGAGCAAAGAACGAAGUAAAGGCCUGGGCAGCAAAGCUUUUGGAACAUAUCAGAGCGAAGCUGAGCCAAUGCCAAACUUCUGAUAGUGGUCCAAGCUCUGGGUCAAGCGGAGGGAAAAACUUUCAACUUGAGUCGGAGAAUAUUUUGUUGCUUGCUGAGCGGGAACUAAAAAAAAUGAUCGAUGCAAAAGCGAGCUGCGGGGCUCUUUGGGCCGGCGCUUGGAAUCCCCUAAAUAAAAAUGGUCUUGUGACAGUUCUCAGCGGGCGAACAUUCCUUCACUGUUCAUGGAACAGCUCGGGAAGUGAAUGUCUCGUCUCGGAUAGCAGGGGAGAUAUCCUCCAUUUGAACGUCAAAACGAACCGCUGGAAGGUGAUAACAACGCUGAAACCUAGCCCUUGCUCGAUCGAAUUCGCGCUGAAACGACGGGAUGAGUUUCUAGUCGGGCUGACCGACAGUCAAGUAAAAUGUAUGAAUACGAAGGGCGAGCUUGUCUCGAUCAUGGGCGGCCACGAGUCAGUUGUCAACCAGAUUCGCGUCUCUCCAGAUGGAACACAUGCAAUCACGAUUUCCAGCGAGAAAGCACAAAUGUGGAACUUAUCGACCUUUGAGCACUUGCGAACGCUAGCUGUCAAGCCAGACUGCCCUAUGGUUGACAUCAGAUUCCUUGACUCCGAUCUUACUUCGCUUACUGCCUUUGCUGAUUCAUCCCUUUUUGUCUGGAAAGGCACCACAUGCCAGUUUCAAAUGACAACGCCCAAAGACGUCCGUUUCCGAAUCAAUAAGGUUGUGUACUCAAAAGAGGCUCAGAAGAUCUACUCUGCUGGGAAAGGCGAGUUCAUACACGUCUUCUGUCUCAAAGCUCGAAAGAUCAUCUCCAUUAUGCAAAUUUCGGGCAUUCGACAAGUGAAAGAUCUGGCUGUUGUCCAUGGAAUGCCCGAGCAUUUAUUCGUCCUUUGCGACAAUCAAGUCAAACUAAUGAAUGUCACAGAGUGCAAUAUUGAAACAACGUUGAAUCCAGCAAACGAGCCAUGUUUCAAGAUGUCAACUGGAGGCGAAUGCGAUUUGAAGACGGAAACUAUCUCAAAUGCUUCUCGAAAAGGAAUGAAGCAUUUGCCUAAAGCACAAAUCUCCACGGGCCGAAUCAAUACAAACCCAGAGCUUGCUGCAGAAGACCUUGACAAGGAUAAACUCAGAGCUGUACUCAAUGGUUUCGGAGAGUUCCCAACUGCGUACAGAUUCCUCAUCUGGCGAAAGCUCCUCAGAAUACCAGGAAAUAACUCCGCAUAUGAGAGCCUUCUCUCAAGAGGUCAACACCCGGCGAUGAAGGACUUUGACCAGAAGUACCCGAUCAAAUCCAACAGAAUCGCAAGAGCAAUGGACAAGUGCUUGAAUUGUAUUGGGCACUGGAACUCGAUCUUUCUUGAGCUGGAUUAUGUCCCAGUCCUUGUGUUUCCAUUUGUCAAGCUCUUUCAAAACUCUGGACUUCACUGCUUCGAAAUCGUAGCUACAGUACUUUUCAAUUACUGCCGGGACUGGUUUUCCUUCUAUCCGAAUCCGCCCAUCCCGAUUCUAGCGGCCAUUGAAAAUGUUAUUGCCGAAGCCGAUCCGCGACUAAUUCGCCAUCUGACAGCUCACGAAAUUACUUCUCAAGUCUAUGCUUGGCCACUAAUGUACACCUUGUUUUCGGAAGUGUUGCCCAAAAACGAUUGGCUGGCGCUCUUCGACAACAUCAUCUUCAACCACCCGAGCUUCUUCCUUUACUGUGUCGCGGGAUACGUCAUCUCCGCCCGUGGUCCUCUUCUCUCCAUGAAGUCGCUUGAAGACUUUCAAUUUUUCUUCCACCACAGAAAUUCUAUCCAAGCGAGUCAGAUUGUCGGCAACGCUAAGAAACUGAUGAAAAGCACGUCAAAAAAUUUGGAUCUACGUCGGCUAGUCAAGAAACUUGAACCUCUCACUGUUGGGCACUAUCCAGUGCUCAAUCAAUAUCCGAAAUUUGUUGUUGACUACCGUAAGCGCGAGACAGACAAAAUACGAAAGCGAGAGAUCGAAAUGGCGAAAGAUAGAAGCUAUCAUUUGGAGAGAUCCGUUCUUUUAGGCGGUACUGCAAUCGGCAUCAAAGAAAACGGAGAUGUUUCGCGGCUUGACUUCACCCGUAGCCGCGCAGAGUCGGCUGAACUAUCCAAAGGCGUAGAAGACGCCAGUCGCGCGCGUAAAAUUUUACUAGCCUCGUUUGCAUCAUAA